AUGGCCGCGGACUUUCAAAUAAUCGAUGAUCAGCUUUUGCAUGCCGAAGCGCGCGAGCUCUUAGAUGCAUGGACGAAGCUUUACACCCUUGACGAUCGCGGAAACCCUCCGGCGCUCUCCCCGCUCGGCGCGCAGCUGCUCAACGGGUCCGAUGCGACCGAUUCGCUGCAGAAUCUCGUGAAGGAUGCGCAAUCCCCGCGCGCGCCCGUUCUUGCGCCGCAUCUCCAAGAUUGCGCGGAAGCCACACGCGCGCGGGAGGCGAUGGACAGGCGAGGAGCAAACGGGGAGCCCCCCGGGUGGACGGAUGCAGGCGGAGACUCCCCAGAGGCGCGCAGCAGCGGCGGAGAGCCGCGUGCGCCAUGGGUGCGCGGGGGAGUGGACGCGAAUAUCCCACUGACCCACACCGCUCAGCGUGAUCUCUGGCUUCACCAGUUCCCUGCCAACUGCUCUUCCUCCUCCCAACGCUUCCUAAUUGCGCCAUGGAUCUUCUUCGGCGGGCAUGGGUUUGGAUCGCAGCUGCACAUCAUGACCGAGUGCAUCGAGAGAGUACAGAGGCUAAGGCAAGAUGAGGUGGUGCAAGUGGGGCCGAACGCGAGUAUGGGAGAUACCAGGAAUGGUAGUGGCAGCAGGGGGCAAGGGAAAUGGUCUCUGUGCGAAAAUGUGAUGGAGGCAGCAUUGAGUGACAGCGUGGCAGUCCAGCCUGGCAUGCGAUGCUUCUCUGACCGAGAACUCGUGCCUGGCAAAUGGGGAGAACCAUGGGUUCUGACUGACCAUCGACAUUGGUAUGGGAAUCAGCCCCAAACGUUUUCUAAGAUUUCAUGGUGGCGAGCUCAGGCCAUCCGCUUCCUCCUGCGAUGGCCGUCGCUAUACCUCUGCCACCUCACCAACAUAGCACGACACAAGGCGUUUGGCCGCGAUGCUGCCAUCAGAAUCAUGGAAGCUUUCUCUGCUGAGGCUGUAGCAGAGGACAGCUUAUCCUCCUUCGUUUCUGCCCUUGCAUCUCCAUCAUUUGACAAUCGAAUGGUGAAUGAGACACUUUUACAUGACGGAGAUAAGAUCAAGCUGGGAAAGGCGGAGUCGGUUGCUACUUGGAUGAAAGCUGCUAUGCUGCUGAGGGUGCAUGACCCGUCGUUGCACCGCAUGUGGAUUUCAACAGAUACACAGGAGGUUAUGGAUAUUGCAAAGCAAUAUCGACACUGGCACGCGUAUUGGUUCGAGGAUGAGCCCAAGUGGGACCCCAAAAGCGAAUCGCAGAAGAGGACAGAGACAAGGGAUUUGCGUGCCUCGGUAGAGUCUAGCCUUGUGAACCUUAUGCUGGCAGCUGAGUGCGAUUACUCUGUUACGACACUAGAUAGCAAUUGGAAUAGGGUCAUACACUUCAUGCGUAUCACAGGUCGACGGUUAGGGUUUCCAGCAGUAUUUGAAAUGGACGUAAUAAACGGCGGCUUUAAGGGCGUAGUGAAGACUCUCGGUCGUAUCGGCAAGCAGAGAGAUCGUGACGAUGACGAGGAAGGCCACCCGCUGGAGAUCGGCGAGCCAACAGACGUGAAGCACGUGGCGCACGUCACUUUCGACCGCUUUAAGGGUUUCCUGGGUCUCCCGGAAGACAUCGAGGGCGAGCUGCCGUGCCGCGCGCCCAGUGCGGGGCGGUCCGUGUUCGGAGUGCAGCCGGAGCUGCUGCAGUGUUCACAGGACGAGUUCGGCAACAGCGUGCCCAACAUUCUGCUGCAGCUGCAGGCGCUGCUAUACGUCAAAAAGGGACUCCAGACGGAGGGCAUAUUCCGCGUGGCGGCGGAGAACGACCACGAGGACGAGAUUAGGGAUCAGGUCAACAUGGGGCUCGUGCCGCAGAGCAUCAACGUGCACGCGCUCGCGGGGUUGAUUAAGGCGUGGUUCCGCGAGCUACCACAAGGGCUGUUGGAUUCCUUGCCCGUGGAGGUGGUGGCGGCGUGCGAGACGGAGGAGCAGAUGCUGGCGCUGGUGGCGGAGCUGCCCGAGACGCAGAGCAUGCUGCUGGACUGGGUGGUGGGGCUCAUGGCUGACGUGGUGCAGUUCGAGGAGCGCAACAAGAUGAACGCACGGAAUAUCGCCAUGGUUUUCGCACCCAACAUGACGCAGGUACUCGACCCCAUUAUGGGGCUGAGGCACGCAGUGAAGGUGAUGGAUCUACUGCGAGUGCUCAUUGAGAGGAAGCAGCAGGAGCCGUUGCGAGAGGGCGGUAGUGCGGCGCUUAAAGCCUUUGUUUACUGCACCCAGCCGCCCACUAUUGAGAUAUUCGAGGAGCCGCGGCAGAGAAGUAAGGAGAGAGGGGGGGAAGCAGGGGAGGGGGCGGGGGAGGCGGAAGUGGGUGAAGGGGAAGGCGCGGAUAAGGACGAGCUGCUGGCGCGGAUGGGGGGUGAAGGGGAGGAGGCGGAGUUAGAUGCGCGGGGAGGGGAGGAGGGGGACGUGGUGAUGGGGGAAGACGGGGGGGCGGAGGGGAAUGGAGGGGAAGGGAGAGGGGCAGCAGCAGGGCAGGUGAAUGGGAGCGAAGGGAGAAGGGAAGGGGACAGGGUAGGAGAGGCAGAGGACGCGGGCAUGCCAGCAGGGGAGGCAGGGGAAGCGGGCCUUAACCGGAGCAGCAUCAGCAGCGGCAGCCCUUUUGAUGCUUCUAGUAGUUCCCUACCGGGCUGGUCGCCACAGGACAGUCAACUGAGUCAAGCAAGUCAACUCUCACAGGACGAAAGCCACAGCCUCUCCCUGUCGCACCUGCCUAGAAUCGCCAGCGAUAGCCCUGUCCAUCCCAGCAGCGGACUAGCCGGUACAGUAGACCCCAAGGAGCUCAGCCGAAGGGUAGCCAGCGGCCCUCUGCAGGUCUCAGCAGCCGCAGCAGAGCGGUGGAGGAAGAGGAGAGACCCGAAACCAGCCCCACACCACACGAGAAUGGCUUCUCAUGAUGGCCCUGUGGGAAGAGACGUGCUCCCCUCGCCUGGGUUUUUUCGGAGUGGCAAAAACGCGCCUCAGUCCGAUCCUACGGCCAAGGAGCGGCGGGCUUCCCGGAUCGGAGUCCCCACGAAGAUGUUUUUCAGAAGGAAUCUGUCGGAAGGCGGGCCGGCGUUUGGGCGGGACUGGGAUGCGGAGCGGCGGAAGAUUGCAGCAGAGGACGCAGGAGCAGCAGGGGGGCCUGGAGGGAGGGGGGGUCUCGAUGGGGGGGACGUGGCGGAAGGGAGGGAGGGCGAGGGGGAGGAUGAGGUUGGCGCAGGGGAGAUGGAGUUGAGAGGCGCGGAGGAGGGCGUAGGGUCAGGGCCAAGUGUGGAAGGCCAGCAAAGGGCUGGUUUGCCUGGUGCUCGGGGCGCUAAGAAGCUACUGCACAAGUUUGGCACAGGGCUCAAGGUAGUAACACCUGGUGGGGCCUCUGGGGGCGGCUCUAGUGGGGAAUCGUCGUCGCCCCGCGGGCAGCUGUUACGAAGGUCAUUUAGCUCCAAGGGGUCAGGUUUAGGUCCUGCUGCUGAUAAGGUAUCGGCGGCGGCGGGUUCUGUGUCGACAGGUGGGGUGCCGCCGCCUGUCCCAGAUAGGCCUUCCCGGGUUCUACCUCCGACGCCGCGCAUGGGAAGCAUGCUAGAGAAGCCGGUGAGGAAUGUGGAGAAGGCUACUAGAGGGGUGGGGAAGCUUGCGAGAAGCUUCUCGGGGAAUAUUGACGGGCACUGGGGUGCUAUCAAGCGGGAGAUGGGGCUGGCGGUGCGCGGAAAGGGGCGGAGUAGUUUUUCUGGUAAUGCGGCGGGCCCGGUUUCGUCAGCACCAGGCGGAGUGGAUAUGACAGGAGCGGGCGGGUUAGGGGUGGGGAGAAGUGAUGGUGGAGGGGCAGAGAGACCGUGGGAAGCCUGUGAGCAGGUUGGGGAGGGGCGGGAGAUUCUAGAUGGGGUUAUGGAGCAUGGGGCUGAGGUUACUGUAGAAGCUGUAGAUGCUGUAGAUGCUAUAGGCACUGUAGAUGUGGGCAUGGAUUUAGGGUUGAUGGGAAGGGAUGGUGGAGGUGGGGAUGCAGCGGUUGAUAUGGAGGGAGGAGAAAUGGCGGUUGAUGUUGUCGUUUGCACAACUCCUGGUGGGAGGGAGGAGGGAGGUUGUGGGUCAGAUGAAGAUGUGACAAUGGAGGGAGCAGAAGAGGGCCGCAGCAAGAAGCUAGGAGAUGAUGAUGACUGUGGGGAUGUGGGAAAAGGGUCGUGGGAAGGAGAGAGCGGUGAGUAUGAUUUUGGUUAUGGUGCCGUAGGAACAUGGUGA